CACUGUAAUAAAUUAUAAUGGGUUCUAUGUUAAAGACCGCUGCUAAUGUAUAAGGCUAAGAAGUAGAAACGAGUGAACUCAUAGUCUCUUAUAACACAUUGUCUCUUGUGCAAUUUUAUUUAAUUAAAAUUUAAUUGUCCCUACAAUAUUAAACCAAACUUACAUCCAACUUCAUUCUGUUGUAUAUUGCUAAAAAAUGUGAAAAGUAGUGUCCCGAGAAAAGUGCUCGGUUUGUGUGCGAUAGAAGCACGCUAUAUCUUUGUGCAACAUCUCAGGAAGCCAAUUGUAGAGAGAGUUACGAAUAUGCAAAUGUUUUCUCUAAAUUUUUCAAUGUACACUGUCGGUGGUGUGUGGAGGCCGAUCGAGUGGUCAUCGAACAUUGCUAAGCUAUUGUAUAAUGUGUUUACCUUUAUAGUAGUAGGCUUGUUAUACUUUUUGAUGAUAACUCAAUUCCUGGAUAUCAUUCUUGUUGUCGAUAAUAUCGAUGAUUUCGCAACGAAUACUCUCAUGUUUCUGACUAUUGUUGCCGUUACUUGUAAAGCGACUAUCGUCGUAGUACGUCGAAAUGCAAUCAUCACCUUGGUGCAAGUAUUAUUGACGCCACCUUGUAAACCUCAAAAUGAGGAUGAAAUGGCAAUACAAAAGAAAUUUGAUAAAUUUAUCAAAUCGUGCUCGAUAAAAUAUUCACUUUUGGCGACUUGUUCUGUUUCUGGCGUCACAGUUAGAUCUGUACUAAAUGCCAUGCAAGGUUACUUACCUUAUAGAGUGUGGCUGCCAUACGAUUUUAACACAUCUCCGAUGUUCUGGAUUACGUCCAUCCAACAAAUCGUAACUGUAGUUUUUGUUACCAUCAUAAACGUCGGCACGGAAACGCUAGUUUUUGGAUUGUUUCUGCAAACAUGCGCUCAAUUUGAAAUAUUUGAAAAUCGUCUUCGUAAAUUAGUGAUUGAUAAAACUAGCAAAAUAAUGACAAAUAAAGUUGAAUGUCUGAAACACUCAUCUCUUUCGUCAAAUAAAAAAAAAGCGAUAAUAUCGAAAUAUGUACAUCAUCACCUCGAGAUUUACAAAUACGCCAAAACGGUAAAUGUUAUAUUCAAUCAGGUACUCUUUGUUCAAUUCUUUGGUAGCAUAUUGGUUUUGUGUACAAGUGUAUAUUAUCUGUCAGCACACUCUUCGCUAUCGGAAACAGCCACUUUGAUAAUAUAUACUAUUUGUAUGUUUGUACAAAUCUAUGUCUACUGUUGGUCCGGGAAUGAAGUCAUACUUAAGAGUACGAAGGUAGGAGAUAGUGUAUAUCAUAUGAAUUGGCCUUUACUGUCAGUCAACGACAGGAGAGAAUUGUUAAUGAUCAUGUUACGCAGCUCACUUCCUCUAAAAUUUACCAGUAGCUUCUUGAUAACUUUAUCUCUUCAGUCUUAUAGUAAUAUCUUAAAAAUAUCAUACUCUGCAUUUAAUGUAUUAAAUAAGUGAGAAAUUAUAUAAAUAAUAAAAAGUGCGCUUGGACAUGACAAUAAUGUUCUAGCGUUUUGGUAAAUCACUGUAAA